AUGUUCAAUACGAAAAAUCAAACUUUAAGUCAGUGUAUCUUAAUCUUUUUGUUAAUGUUCAGAGUAACAAUGUCACAUUUUAUUCAACCUCAAUCCGAACCGUUUUUAUUAGUUGCAUAUGAUUCAAAUUAUGAAGAAAAUAAAAGUACAUCAUUAUUAAAUUCAGGUAUACAUAAAUUAUAUCAAAAAGAUACAUUAGUUUUUAUUUCUGAUAAUUCUGAAAUUGAUAACAAAACAACUAGUUCAUUUAUUGAAGGUUUAACAUUACUAAAUGGUUCAUUUAAAUUAAAUAAUAAUUUAAUAAAUGAUGAUGGUAUGAAAUUUAUAAGAGUUGAUCCAAAUACCAAAAGAUUAAAAGCUUGCCCCAAGGGUGAUUCAUCACAAAAUUUUUCUAUAAAGAAAGAUGAAUUAAAUCAUAAAAAUUCAAAUAUUUGGUGUGUUUGUUAUGAUGAUGAAUUAAAAUUAAGUUUUAUAUAUUUUGGUUCAAUUAAAGAAAAUUUAAAAUUUUGUGAUCAAGAGGAAGAUCAUGAAAUUAAAUUAAGAGUUGUGGGAAAAUAUGAUAGUUUUGGUACCAUACCUGAUUAUCCAUAUUGA